GGACAAGAAGCUGUGAAUACCCCGGGGGUGAGGAUUCCAGCAUUGCGAUGACGGAGGGAAGCGGCGACAAUGACGAUUUCAUAGCGGAUCCGCUUAUUGUGUUGAUUGUCGGAUUAUGUCUUACGGCUCUCGUUAUUGGUAUUCUCGGCAUAUACACGUACAUGCGCAUCAAUGGAAUCCACCGAACCGAGCGGCACAUCAAAGAGGAAGCCGACACAAAGGCGAAAAAAGCCGAAGCGAAAGCACGAGAGGAGGCGCAAGAGAAGAAGCUCGAUCGGCAGAAAUCUCGCAAUGGAACCAAAAGGAAGAUUCCUCGGUCCGUUCGGGAAAACGGCGCCGAGGGACUGCGGCGAGCGACGGAUGCUGAGCGUGCGGAGAAGCCAACGCGAGGCGCGAAUCACGUGGAUGUUGCCAUAGCGAUGACGGAUGCAUCGCUGGACGUCGGUAUCACGUCGCCAAGUGACGUCACCUGGCUUUGAUGUUCGCCGACACGUGAUCACGUCGUUUAUACAUGUGCAGCUUCAUCGAGCAAUUGCGUGUCAAACAAAGAGAGAGAAAGAUAG